AUGAAUAUAGGAAAAAUAUUAACUACAACAAUAUUAAUAAUUGUACUAAUUUCUGAAACUAACGCAAGGCCAAAAAAGAAGAAUCGAAUGACUUAUAGUACAGUUUUACGACAAAAAGAAACAAACGCAGUUAAUUUCAUAAGAUUAGCUGUUAUGCGGUUAAUAUACGGGGUGGCCUCACGUUUUGGUUUUCAAGAACCCAUUUCGGAGGCUUUAAAUGGGGCAUUUGUGCCUCCAGGCGUCGAAGAUGAUUACGGUGAUUACGGAGACUUUUUAGAUGACGACGAUGAUUAUUAAUAACAAUUAAAUUGUAUAUAUACUAGUGCCAAAGAAACGUAUUUAUUUGU